AUGGCUGCUUCCCCGCAAUCUGCUCAGAGCCCCGAGUUCGACCUCUCCGAAUGCUCCAUCUCCUUUAGUACCCUCCCACAUCCGGAAUAUCCCAACAUCCUCAUCCACUUGACCGCCAAGGUUGAGCAUCCUAUCCACAAGACCAUUGCGACCCUGUCCGCGCUACAGAUUGUGAGAUGGCGCUGCGGGGACCAGUUCUUACGCAUCAUGGAUGAAGAGUCCCAGGAGCUCCAUGAAUUCUCCGUCAAGUUAUUUGACAAGAAUGGACAUUUGAAGCCCGAGCUCGUCGAUGACGAGUAUCACAGGGGCUCCGGAUGCUGGGGCAGAGAGAUGAACCGUGGCACCAUCAUUUAUGUGGAGGAUGUGCGGGUCGUAACCCAGUUUCGCCACAGAGGUGUCGGCUCGUGGGCGCUGAAGAAAUUUGUUCGCUCUAGCUUUGUCAACGAGUCCGCUUUUAUUGUCGCCUGGCCGACUCCUAUCAAAAGGCCAGCGGACGAAGGACAAUGGAAGGCCGAGAGAUGCAAGCUCGUCAAGUUCUUCCGCAAGGCUCGUUAUUCUAAUGGCUUUCGUCGUAUCGGCCGCACCUCAUUUUUAGCUUAUGCAGCAGACCCUGGACAUCCGUCUCAUCGUCUACCCGCAGAGAAUGAUGUAGAGGCACACGACGUACUUUUUGUUCCAGAAGACCCAGGCACAACCUCAGUCGACACAGCUGACCCUGCACACCACGCCCGUUAUCCUCUCCACCACGCCAUCGCCACAGAAGUUAUUUCCAGCCCGUCCUUCCAGUUUUUCCGACCCAUGCCAACCCAAGUUCCACAGGGGCCUGGCAUUGGCACGAUCAUACGCGAGGCAUACACAAAGUCACCCUCAUCUAUACGUGCGCGAGACGAGAACGGGCUUACACCGCUCCAUAUUGCCUCGGGUCUUAGUGCUGUCGGUGCUGUCGAGGCGCUCCUUUCGCUGCCCAAGGAAAGCGGCGUAUAUGAAGAUUUAAAGAGGCGAGAUAACACAGAUGGCGUGACACCCCUGGAAGCUUGCACGGCGCACAUGCGUUCGAACAAGGAAUUCUCUGAGACGAUGCUGGGUCGCUGGCAAGGAUACAAUGCGAAUGAUCUCAAGAUCGAAUAUAUGCUGCGGAGUGCGGCAGGCGAGCGGAUUACCGAUUCGCUGCAAGAGUGGACGAGGAAGCGCAAAUUGGGUUGUACGUGCGGGCAAUGCGCAGACGGGUGGCUCUCUCCGAGGAUGCGAUGCAGGCUUUAUCACUCCGCAGUGUUUUAUUUUGACACGAUGGGCAUGGAAACCUCGAUGCUUUCGCGUGGUCGGCACCUCAGCUCGAUUGAGCGUAGUUCGCUACUGGGAGUGGACCAUCUUCCCCCUCUGACAAGGAUGAAUAUAACCAAACGAUUCUACGAGCAGUACUGCCGUGUCGUUGAGGCAGUUGCAGCCAUGUUCCGCAAAGAUGCGGGAUCACCAGACGUCACAGCCGUGCGUCAAGCGUUGACAACGAUGCGCGGCAUUGAUGAGUUCUUCCUGUAUGGCGGACGCAUUGAGCACGCACUCGACCUAGUGACAGCCUCCGCGCGAGACCAGAGCCCCGUGGGCGAUUCGACUUGGGACGAUAUGGUUGAGGAGGACGAUGAUGAGAGCGUCUGGGAUGGGUACAAGUCUAUGCCAAAGUGUGCAAAUGACUUGGAGUUCGCGCUUGUGAGGGAGCGGUUAGGUCUGGAUCCGGAUCAGCCAUGGGGGCCGUAUUUUGAGUAUGAAGAUGAGGACGAAGACGAGGAAGGUAUGGAUGGCGACGGAUUUAGCGACGAAUUCACAGAUGACUGA